UCACGCAAUCAAUCCACGCACGCCACGCAAUGGAUCUACACAUCCAUCCAUCCAUCCAUCAUGAUACCUAUCUAUCGGCCUACACACCUAUGGACACACACGCCCCGACAGACCGACCGACAGACAGACAGACAGUCCCCUGCCUGCCUGCCUGCCCGUGUCGUCUCAGUCAGCUAUCUGAUGGUCAUGGUGUUGACCCCGCCUCCGAUGUUGAGUCCCAUCGAUGUCGGGCCGCUCAGAGGGCCCAUGGCAGAGGUGGUCUGGGCCUUGACCAUCAACUGAUUCAGCUGCUCUACCAGCUGCGUGCACGCCUGACGUAAAUGACAAUCAGACAGACACAUGGACACACAUGACACACAUGACAUGUGACAGGGGUCAGUGUGUGUGUGUGUGUGGAGGGUAGCGGAGGGGGGGCCCUCCCUGUACCUUUCGCUGCUGCUCGAAGUCGGACUCGGCUGUCUUGGAGUGAAUGAACGUCCUCAGGUGAUACAAAUUCUGACCGAUGCGUACACACGUGCACCACACGAUAUGGAUAUGGACCGACCGACCGACCUGUUCGAAGUGUUUGAGCUUCUGUUCCUGCGUUUCGAGCGCCUGGUGGGUCUCGUGGUCAGCCAACUGGGAGGCAGGCAGGCAGGCAGUGUGGGUUGCUGUCUGUCGUCCAUUCCAUCCCCCCUCUCGCCUGCCUAAUGUGUGUUCAUUCAUACCAGUUGGCGCUUUGAGUCGAGGUUGAUUUUGACGAAGUUGACCUGCUGCUUCAACACGUCGCGACGGCCGUACAGACGCUGAUGAAUCAAUCAAUGAGGACAGCAAACACUCUGCCGUGAACCAAUUAAGACGGGGUAGGGUUUUCUGUCUUGUUUGUGGGUGGAGACGGACGGACCUCUCGCCUUUCCUCGAGCUCGAUCUUCUCUCGACGGCCGUCCUCGCGCACACGAUCGACGUCACUCUGACAUGCGUGGCACACACACAGCACAGCAUCACACGGAUCAUGGAAAGGUGUGGGUGUGGGUGUGAUGUGGUGUGUGGCGCGUGGGCGUGUGUGUGUUGUACCUACCAGUUUGCCGGCCAUUUCCUGCGUCAUGAACUGGCGCCGCUCCUCAAGGGACUGCAGCUCCUGCAGAUAGAUACAUGACACGCACACACACAUCGGGGAGGCAAAGCGAUCAACAGCAGGGUGAUGACAGACUUCCUCUUGUUUCUAUGUACUCACUCACGCACCGCAGCGAUUUUCUCGUCGAGCGUUGUGAUCUUCUGCAGCUCCUCAUGACGCUAAACACACACACACACACACACACACAUGGCGAAUGUGCCAGUCCUCCUCCCUCCCUCCCUCCCUCCCUCCGCCCCGCUGACCUUCUGCAGCUCGCCCUGCAGCCGCACAUGCGUCGUCUGCGCGUUGCCAAGCUGUUCACUCUGAUCACACAAACCAGCCAGCGUACACACAAAGUACGUGUGUGUGUUGGAUGGAUGGAUGGCCACGAACCUUGAAGUCGAGUUCCUCGGUCAUAUCCUUGACUCUGUCAGAUGUGGGCAUGGCCGCCUGUCUCUCGCAGCUGCGCGUGAUGCUCUCGAGUAGCGACACGACGCGGCUUUGCUUGGCCUGGAUGUGCUCCUCCUCGGCCUGGCGCGCCGACUCGUAGUUGGCCAUGAAGGUCGUCAUUUCCUGGUCCUUCCUGCAGAAAGCAGUGACACACACACACACACAGCACUUGGACGCUUCUAUGUGUGUGUGGUGUGUGAUGGUGUGUUUGUGGUUGGUUGCCUGAACAGUAGUUGGUAUUUCUCGUGCUCAUUCUCCUUCAUGUGCUUGCCCUGGGAGAGGAGGAGGAGGCGACAACAAGAGAGCCAUCCGUACGGUGCAUGGUGCCUUUGGUUGGUUGGACGUGGGUGGCAUUUCUGUGUUCUUUCGGUUCUCUCUGUUCCCCCCUGACCUCUUCCUCGAGCUCCUGCAGCUGCCGGCGGUAGCGAUCGAUGUCAGCACGGACCUCACCCACUUGCUGACCACACGCACACACAGGGAUGCACACACAGACACACACGCGAUACAUACCGACCCAAAUGCACGCGGACUUGAUUCUCAUGGUCCCCACCCACUGACUGACCUGUUCGGAUUGCACGAUGACGGCGUUGUCGUCCCUGACUUUGGUCUUGAGCAGCUCCCGCUGCUCCGGGAUGCUCAGCCGCGUGUGGGCCGUGAGCUUCUCCAACUCACCCUUGCGCUCCUGCAGCUCGCUCGCCGCCUCACGCAACUGCUGGAACUUCAAACGAUACGCGUCAGACUGCACAAACAGGUGGGUUACAAACACACACACACGGGCAAUACACAGACACGCACACGUGUUGGUCUGGUGCUGUGUUUUGAAGGUACCCACCCGCAGUCUGGCCUCGACGUCUGCGAGUCGUCUGGUGACGUCAUCCAGCUCUGCGCGGUGCGCACGGACCUCCUGCAGGAGUGUCUCGUUCUCGUUCUGGAAACCCUCAUACUGCUCCCUAAAAGGCACAAGCACAAACACCAAGUGAGUGAAUGCGUGUUGGUCGGGUCGCUGGUUGGUGAUCAUGAGUGGUCCGUCGUCACCUUUGGUCGGGGUGCAGCUCGUUGAGCCGCUCCUCCGACGCCUUGCGGACCUUCUCUAUCUCGUCCUCAACAGACGCUAUCUGCUCCUCGUUCUGACCGACGAACAGAACAGACAGCAAACACAGCCGUGCCGUGUGAGUUCGUCAACGCGCGCGCGCGCGCGCGCGUGUGUGUGUGUGUGCUCUUCUCUGUAUGUGUGUGUGUGUGCCUGUUUCUUCUCCAGGAAGAUCGAGUCGAGGAUGGCUCGCUGCUGGUCGUUCUGCGUCUGCACACAAACCACACACACACACACACACACACACACAUCAGCACAGCCGACAUGAACGAAUGGUGCCCGCGCGUGUGCGUGUGGGUGUGAAAUGGCAUGCCAGUCAGUCAGUAGAUCACCUUGAGUACUUUGAACAUGUGCUGGACCUCCUCCGGCCUGGUGUCGUGCCGCUGCUUGUCCAGCGCCAGGUUGUAGUCGGCCAAAUCCCCCUCCAAAGUACGAACCUGACGUACACACACACACACACACACGUGUAUCGUAUCCACAGGAAGAGACCGUGUGUGGUGCGCGUGAGGAGUGCAGUGCGGAGUGCGGGAGGGACCUUUUUGAUGAGUUCGUCGUAUCUUCUCUCGUACUGCUGGAACAGGCUGGUGUCGUUCUGAAUGGUGUCGAUCUCCUGACUGCGCUCAACACAACACAUACACAGACAGAGAGAGAGGUGAUUCAUGACCUGCGGACAGUCAAGGACAGAGCCCGCCACCACACACUCUCGCCCACCCACCGGAAUCGGUUGAUUUCGUUCAUGAGCUCGCCCGUCUUCUGCCGCAGCUGCGUCAUGUAGUACGAACGGUCAUAUACCUGCCGACCAGGACCUGAACACACACCACAAUGCAUUUACCACACCAAACCAUGCAGCCCUUAGUCUGUCUGUCGUCAUGCAUAUGUGCUCCCCUGCAGGCCCCUCACCCACCCACCCACUCACUCACCGAUUUGUCCGGUCUUCAUGCCCAUGAGCCCCUGCUGCGUGACGGGCCGGUCCGCCACCUUCACCUCAGUAGCCACGCCCACACCUAUGGCCCCAUCCUACACACAAUGCAAUCCAAUGCAUUGCACCGCACCAACAGGCAGGCAUGUGCAAACAAACGCAUGUGCCUGUCUUGCUUGUUUCUGUACCCUCAUUGCCGUGCCCAUUCGCCCCCGCAUGGCCGUCCCCGGCACACCGCCAUAGCCCAACGACCCUGACACACAUAGACACAGACACAGACAGACAUGUGCCACUUGGCCGCAGAUCUUGGCUUGAUCAGUCGUCAUGCAGCUGACCAGUGAUGGGUCGUGUGACGCCAGUGCCGGGAGGCGCCGCGAUGCCCACUGAUGGAGCCACAUGACAACACACAGGAGAGAUGAAAUGAAUGCAUGGGUUGAUGCUGAUGGACGGAUGGAUGGAUGGAUCUGCGUGUGUGUCUGUGUUGUUCACUUCUGCUUGGAGGUGUCGGGCCAUAGCCCCGAGAGCUGGGCCGCCUGACAAGACAAAGAGGCACCAUGCCCAUCACACCAAAGGUGUGAUGAAGCGACGAUUUUUCUUUUUCCUUACUGCAUGGUGUGACGAUUGGCACCGUGCGGAGCUACCAACCAAAGCAGAUCUACUAUGGCGAUGC